UAGCUUGUUUCGGACUCUCCAUGUCACAUAAAUUGAGUCAGAACAGAGUUUUAUAUAUUUUUUUUUAACAUAUAUUGAGCGAAGUCUAGUUUUUAUACCAAACACACCCUUAGAUGCCAUUAUUCGUUGGUCCACAACGCCGCCUAAGCAAGUAAACAAUUAUUCAUGGAAGGACUGUCCGCCUUUGAAUUGUGUGUGUAAAAAUAGAUGAAACAAUUUUUUUUUGAAGUCUCCAUAGUUGUCAUCGAUAGUCAGAAAUGGUAGGACCAAUUCGUCCACAAUUCGUACUUUUUGGUUCAUCCAUAGUACAAUUCAGCUACAGUCAUCAAGGAUGGGGUGCAAUCCUCUCUGACCUUUAUUCUCGCAAGAGCCCAAUUAUAUCCGGAUCACGCGUUUUAGGAACCAUUCUAGGGCCAGUGCUCCCAAACAGGAUUUUUUCCGUACACAUGCUCGAAUCAGGAACUCUGAUUAAGGUGGAGGGACCCAAUCAUCUCAGCACAAAUCAUGAUAUACUGCUGCGUGGAUAUGCAGGUUGGAAUUCAAGGUGCGGUCUUCAAGUCUUGGAUGAAGUGUUUCCGAAGGAUGCAACUGUACAGCCUUCCCUGGUCAUAAUUUAUUUUGGAGGGAACGAUUCACUGGAGCCUCACCCAAGUGGCCUGGGUGCUCAUGUUCCUCUUCCUGAAUAUGUAGAAAACAUGAGGAAGAUUGCAAUCCAUCUGAAGAGCCUCUCUGAGAAGACUCGGAUAAUCUUUCUCACUGCUCCUGCUAUAAGUGAGGCACAAAUCACUGAAGUAUUUGGUAAUUGUCUUGGUCGAUCAAAUGAAUCCUGUCGGAAAUAUUCAGCAGCAUGUGUACAGUUGUGCCAAGAAUUAGGUGUGAAGGUUAUAGAUCUUUGGAAAGCAAUUCAGCAGAGGGAUGAUUGGUCGACUGCUUGUUUUACGGAUGGAAUACAUUUAUCAUCUGAAGGCAGCAACAUUGUGGUCAAGGAAAUCUUGGAAGUUCUCAAAGAGACAGACUGGGAACCAAACCUACAUUGGAGAUCAUUGCCUACUGAAUUCCCCGAAAUCUCUCCAUAUAUCUUUGUUGGUCCUAAGGGUGAGACCGCUGUAAAAGUUUCGCAUUUGGAUUUGGAAUGGCAGACUCAGUGGCACUAAUUCAGACUGUGAUUGUUCAUUAGAACUUUGUCUACAGGAAUCAGUUAUUGUUUUCCUACCAUCUCUAAGUAUGUGAAUUCUUCCAAGAAAAUGCAAGUCUUCCCUAUGAAGAGUUUGUGGUGUCAUGACUCAGGAGUGCCUGCUUUUUUUUGGACUUCUUUUUCUUCUUAAAAGGAUGGUUAAUCUAAAUCUCAAAUUUCCAAUA